UAUCUGAAAGCUGUGGAUUGGUCUGCACUUGCCUUGCCUGCUGCUCAUAGUUUAGCUUGGCUCUUAUUGAGUUUUUCAGCUCUAAAUUGUAAAUCUAAGGUGUCUGAGAGAUUCCCAUUGUUGAUAAGGGUAUGGUGGUUUGUUUCGUUUUUGAUUGGCUCGUGUACCUUGUAUGUUGAUGGGAAAUCGUUCUUAGUUGAUGGUUCAAACUACUUUUCUUCUCAUGUACUGGCCAAUUUUGCCAUAACCCCGGCACUUGCAUUUCUUUGUUUUGUUGCAAUUAGAGGUGAGACUGGUAUACAAGUUUGUAGAAACACUGACCUUUCAGAGCCAUUGCUUCUUGAAGAAGAGGCGGGGUGUCUUAAAGUUACUCCUUAUAGUGAUGCUGGGCUUUUUAGCUUGGCCACACUUUCUUGGCUAAAUCCACUUCUUUCACUCGGUGCUAAACGGCCGCUUGAGCUUAAGGACAUUCCUCUUCUUGCACCAAAAGAUCGAGCCAAGAGCAAUUACAAGGUUUUGAAUUUUAAUUGGGAAAAAUUGAAGGCUGAAAGCCAGUCAGAGCAACCUUCUUUGGCUUGGGCACUUUGGAAGUCAUUCUGGAAGAAGCAGCUUGUAAUGGUGUAUUUGCUCUGUUGAACACUCUUGUUUCCUAUG